AUGAACGUUGAACGUUUGAUGCAAGAUUUAUCGAUUGAUCAGUUACAGGACAUAUAUUCCAAACUUUGCGUGGAGGUGGAAGAAAAAAAGGAAGAAAUGCGGCAAAUGGUCGGUCGUCGUUAUCGAGAUGUUCUGGAUGCAUCUAAUUCGGUUCGUCAUGUAAUGCAGAUUGCUGAUUCAUUAGUGCAAUCUGUUCAUGUUGUUCGAAAUGCUGAAAUUGAUCGUCCAUUUAGCACUGAACGUUCGAUAUCAAGUGCAAGGCUUUGUCGAAUAUCAGCACUCUUGAAGUUAUACUUAUUGAUCGGUGAAAGCGAUCCAUUGUCAGAUACAUUUAUUCUGGUGCUAACUGAAAUGCUUCAUCGUAAUUUAUCUACUGACAUUAUUCAAUUAAAAAAAUUCUCACGUUUGAUUCAUCAGAUGUCACCCAAACUCAUACGGAUACGGCUGAAGCUUGAAGAUGAAUUUGUCAAUAGUUUAGGCACAUUAUCUGAUACGAAGGAAACUUUAAAUCAGUUAGCAGCGAUUACAAUUCUUAAAAAUUGUUCAAGCAAGGACUUACUGGAUAUCUUCAUUGAUCAAAAAAUAACAGCAAUUAAGAAAGCAUUAAAUAGCUCGUUAUCAUUGAUUGAUUUGGUGUGGCAAGUUCGUCAAACUUUUGAAUGUUUAAAACAUAUUUUUGUUGAUGGUCGUUUAGCUAUGGUGUUGCAGGCAAUAUCUUCACCUCUCUGGAUUCCGAAAAUAAUGGAAAUAAUGAUGUGUGAUGAAAUACUCUAUUUUGGAAAAUGCAUCAAAGCAGAAGUCACAGAAACAAAUGAUUAUUGCAGGCAACUUUCAUUGGUUCCUAUCGACGAGAAUUCUUUAUUUUCGCACUGUAAUUCAUUUUUGGAUAGUGUUUGUUCUGCCUCGCAUAAUAUUGUAAAGUUGAAAUGUGAUGUUAUGGAGAGCACGUCUUCAUUAAUUGGUUUUAUCAAAGUUCUUUUAGAAGCAUUUGAUGAGAAUUGGCCAUUGAUUGGUGACAGUACGGCAGUAUAUCAGCAAUUUCUGGGAAAUAUGAUCGUCGAAAGAUUUCGGGAAUUAAUUAUAAAUGAAUUAUCAGUGCUGGAGCGAAGUUUUCUGGACAAAAUUCCCAAUAUUUUGUGCCAUCCGCCAGCUUUGUUUAAAAAACGUACUCCAAAACUUGAUUCACUUCUUGCUACUGGCGUUUCACAAGAAUUGAUGAGUAUUGUAAAGGAAUUUGAUGAUGGCUUGCAUUCUUUAUUGGAUUUUAUCAAAGAAUAUGAAAUAAUUGGUAAGGAGCAAGCAGUAAAUCAGCUACGUGAUCAGUUCUCUGUUGCUCUUUCGGAAAUGUUGAAAAGGUUGUGUGCCGUUGUAAAUGAAUUUUCGGAUGAUAGUUCAAAUGGUUCACAUUCCGAUCGUGCACUAUGUAUGGCUAGAGUUUAUAUUGCUCUGAUGCAGUCUUGUAACUCAUCUAUUUCUCUAUCCAUGUCCAAAAACAUGGAACGUAUUGUAGAAUGUGCAAGAAUGUUAUGUGCAAGUGCUGAAAAAUCAUUUUGUGCUUAUUUGGAUGUGCUUAUUGAAGAUUGUGCUGAAGAGACAGAAGUGAGAAAGUUGGCCGAAGUACAUGAUGAUCCAUUCAUAUUCAUAUCAUAUUUGCAGGAAUUUGAAAAAUUAGAAUUACCUGAAGUUGGCAUAGUGGAAGUGCCUGUGCAAAUUAAUCGAAUUUUAUACUCUUUUCUGUAUGAUUUAUGUCAGAAGAUCUCCAACGAUUCCAUCGGUUAUUUAUGUACACGGAAUAUUCGAUCACACAUUUCACAGCAUCUUGAACAAUUACUUCUUUCGGUGUAUUCCGUCAUUGCUCAUUCUAAUGUUGAAUUAUCCUCUCGAAUCGCUAUGCAGUAUCUUUUCGAUAUUCGUUUCUUGAAUAUUAUCUUACCAAAUGGUGGUAUGCGUUCGCUAAUUCCUCUUUUAGAAGCAAAAUUGGAUCCGUUUGAUUUGAAUCUUGUCUCUAGCCCGCUUGGAAAAAAUGCUCGGAUUGCAGCUCAACGUUAUUCGAUCAUUUUUGCGCACUUGCUUUCGGAUGUGAUAAUUAACAAAGAACUUUCAUUGAGUCCAUCUUACUCGACUGUUGUUGAUAUUAUACCUCGGCUAAGUGAUGCACCACGUCUUACACAUAUCCCACGUUUGACAAAAAAUACGAAGCUUGAUGAUAUGCCAUCUGCAACUGGUAUAGCGGCUGUGAGAAAAAAGGAAUCAAGAACUCAACAGCAACAGCAAUUAGGGAGUAUCAAGGCUACACCAUCACUUUCAUCAUUUUAUAAAAUCUCUACAAGCUGGUUUGGGAACAGCCAAAACUAA